UAUUGGAAAUCCGAAUCCGUGUUGCCGGAUCCUGUUCGUUCCGGGUUUUCAAACUUUGAUUAGCAUCGAUCAACGAAGGCGAGAAACGAAGGGGAGUGUGGCUCGUGGAGCUGAACUGCUGAAGUGCAAAUUGCUUCCAGAUUUGGACUAAAUCUCCGAUUCAGUUACAACUUGGAGUCUGAACUGAUAGAUGCGCAGAAGGGGAACGGAAGAAGAGAGGGCAAGGGUUGCUUGAUCAAUUUAAUGGCAAUUGCGACAAAUCUAACUCCGGUGGCACAACUGAUGACCCAACCCACUUAGAACAAGAAGAGCAGCAGAGCAAUUUUUCUUCUCGCGACAACGAGAGCAGUUGUGGUCUCUGGAAAUGGAUGAUCCAAAUCUGGAGUUGCAGGAGGCGGGUUGGGAGGAAUUGAGGAAGGAGGCCAGAAAAAUCGAAGGGGAUCUCGAUGUCAAGUUAUCUUCCUAUGCGAAACUGGGCACGAGGUUCAAUCAAGGAAGUUAUGCGGAUACUGGGUCACCAACUCUUGGGUCCAGCAGAUCGUUUAAAUCUAUGGAUAUGGAGAUUCAAUCGUUGCUUGAGAAGUUAGUGGAUGCCAAUGAUGCCAUGAGUCGUUGUGCUGCAUCUACCACACCCACCACAUCGGUUACGCAGAAGCUAGCAAGGCACAGAGACAUACUUCAUGAGUUUACACAGGAAUUUAAACGAAUCAAGGGAAACAUAAACUCCAUGAGGGAGCAUGCUGAGCUUCUUAUGUCUGUUCGUGAUGAUAUCAGUGAACACAAGGUUUCUGGAAGUAUGUCACCUAGAAUGCAACUACUACGUGAGAGAGCUUCAAUACAUGGAAAUAUAUCUCAUAUUGAUGAUGUAAUCAAUCAAGCACAAACUACAAAGGCAGUUUUGAGCUCCCAGCGGUCUUUGCUUGGUGAUGUUCAAGGGAAAGUCAAGCUGCUGAGUGACAAGUUUCCGGUUAUCCGUGGUCUUCUUGGUGCCAUCAGGAGGAAGCGAUCUAAAGAUACUCUUAUCUUAUCUGGAGUCAUCGCUGCUUGCACACUAUUCAUGAUUAUAUACUGGCUUUCAAAAUAGACAUAAGAAAUCAUGAUCCAGGAAAAGAGCAGAUGAGAACAUCUGCAAUGAAAUAGAGAAAACACAGAUCAUUGAUGUUGUUUGUUUGAAACAAGAUGAAUAGAUGAAACUCAUGGUUUCAGUAUAUUUGAACUCUUGAGUUGACUUGGCCGAUGAGAGAUAAUAAUUUUUAGUUUUUUUUCUUCUUCUUUUGAUAGGUACGUCCCAAGGAGAGUUGAACUCAUGACCUUUUUAUUGUGAGGAGUUGGUCUUUUCCAUACGAGCUCCUCUUCUGGGGUUAUUUUGAGUAUUUCAUUUACUCUGUUCACAUC